ACAGUGCCCCACAACACCAAACAACUAGCAGUUAUAUUCAAGCAUAAGGAAGACAGCCCACUACCUGUCGGCAACCACCAGCAGCAGCAGAAGGUGUUUAGAGAGAGAAAUAGAGAGUUCUAGAGAGAGAGUGUACUGUUUUGCUUCCUGUUCUGUUCCACAGAGGAGAGAGAGAGAGAGAGAGUCAAAAAAAGAGGAGUGUAGAGAGAGAAAGAGACAGUGUGGGGAGUAAUUUGAGUAGUGGGAUUCAAUGUUGGUCCAAGAUCGUUCAACCCCAAAAUCCCCCAAAACCCAGAACAGAGCACUGCCAACUCUCCAUCCAAAUCGUCGCUUUUCUGAGUCGAAAAGCCUCGAUUUCUCGACAUGGGUCUCUGAGAAUCUCUACAAAAUCGUCGCAAUUGGCCUCCUCAUCGCCACCGUCGCCGCCCUCUUCUUCCUCCGCAACGUCGGCGACACUGCCGCACUCCUCUGCUUCGAAUCCCAGGCCCAACAGCUCGACAAGAUCCAUUUCCCCCAAAUCAAUUGGAAUUCGAUCGAACCCAUUCUCGAUCAAUCGACCCCUUACUCGAAUUUUCGAUCCGACCGGUGGAUCGUGGUGUCCGUAUCCAAUUACCCGACCGAUUCGCUUCGAAAUCUCGCGAAGAUCAAAGGCUGGCAAGUGCUUGCGAUUGGGAAUUCCAAAACGCCCGGAGAUUGGAAUCUCAAAGGUACUAUAUUUCUUUCUUUGGAACAGCAAGCUCUAUUAGGGUUUAGGGUUGUUGAUUACUUGCCUUAUGAUUCGUAUGUUAGAAAAACUGUUGGGUAUUUGUUUGCAAUCCAACACGGUGCUAAGAAAAUCUUCGAUGCCGAUGAUCGUGGUGAUGUGAUAGACAAUGAUAUUGGUAAACAUUUUGAUGUAGAAUUGAUUGGUGAGGAUGCUAGGCAAGAUGUUAUUUUGCAAUACAGUCAUGAAAACCCUAAUCGGACCAUUGUGAACCCGUAUAUUCAUUUCGGGCAACGGUCCGUUUGGCCUAGGGGAUUGCCAUUGGAAAAUGUUGGGGAAAUAGGGCAUGAGGAAUAUUACACUGAGGUGUUUGGUGGGAAGCAGUUUAUACAACAGGGAAUUUCGAAUGGGCUUCCUGAUGUUGAUUCCGUGUUUUAUUUUACACGAAAAUCGGGUUUGGAAGCAUUGGAUAUUAGGUUUGAUGAGCAUGCCCCAAAAGUGGCAUUACCACAAGGUACAAUGGUGCCGGUUAAUUCUUUCAAUACAAUUUAUCACUCAUCUGCAUUUUGGGGUCUGAUGCUACCAGUUUCUGUCAGUACCAUGGCUUCAGAUGUAUUGAGGGGUUAUUGGGCACAAAGACUUUUGUGGGAAAUUGGUGGCUAUGUUGUUGUUUAUCCUCCUACAGUUCACCGCUAUGAUAGAAUUGAAGCAUACCCAUUUUCCGAAGAGAAAGAUCUUCACGUGAAUGUAGGUCGUCUGAUUAAUUUCUUGGUUUCGUGGAGAUCAGGAAAGCAUAGAUUAUUUGAAAAGAUUUUGGAAUUAAGUUAUGCUAUGGCAGAGGAGGGGUUCUGGACUGAGAGAGAUGUGAAGUUUACUGCUGCUUGGCUGCAGGACUUGCUUGCUGUUAGGUAUCAGCAGCCUAGGCUAAUGUCACUUGAAUUGGACCGGCCACGGGCUAAUAUUGGUCAUGGGGAUAGGAAAGGUUUCAUACCUCAAAAAUUGCCUUCAGUGCAUCUUGGGGUUGAGGAAAUUGGUACCGUGAAUUAUGAGAUUGGAAAUUUGAUCCGGUGGAGGAAGAAUUUUGGGAACGUUGUGCUUAUAUUGUUCUGCAGUGGACCUGUUGAACGUACUGCUUUGGAAUGGAGAUUGCUUUAUGGCAGGAUAUUCAAGACGGUGGUGAUUUUGGCAGAGCAGAAAAAUGCUGAUCUUGUUGUUGAAGAAGGCCACUUGGACCAUCUAUACAAGUAAGUCAUUGCUAUUUUAUUCCUUCUGCUUGGUUG